AGGCUGCAUUUUUGCAAUUUGCAAAGACAGAAGUAUUCCUCAUAGGUACGACGCAUACUCAACGAUCGGCCGAGAAAUCGCGAUGGUGGAGGAGGCUACCAGGGCAGCGCCAACCGAGGCCAUUUCGUCCGUGGCGGCGGAGGCGCCGGUGACGUCCGAACGGCCGGUCCGAGCAGACUUGGAGUCACUGAUCCCAAAACCCUAUUUGGCCCGCGCUCUCGUUGCGCCUGACGUGUACCAUCCUGAAGGAACCGAGGGGCGUGACCACCGGCAGAUGAGCGUGCUGCAGCAGCAUGUGGCCUUCUUCGACCUGGAUGGUGAUGGCAUCGUUUAUCCAUGGGAGACCUACGGAGGACUACGGGCAUUGGGCUUCAACGCGAUUGUUUCAUUCAUUUUGGCGAUAGUCAUAAACGUUGGUCUGAGCUACACAACUCUACCUAGCUGGAUACCAUCUCUGCUCUUCCCCGUACACAUCAAAAACAUCCACAGGGCUAAGCAUGGCAGUGAUACCUCGACGUACGACACCGAGGGAAGGUUCAUGCCGGUUAACUUCGAGAGCAUCUUCAGCAAGAACGCCCGCACGGCGCCGGACAAGCUCACGUUCAGCGAGAUCUGGCGGAUGACCGAAGGCCAAAGGGAGGCGUUCGACUUGCUUGGAAGGAUCGCUAGUAAGGGUGAGUGGAUACUGCUGUACGUGCUGGCGAGAGACGAGGAAGGAUUCCUCCGAAGGGAGGCUGUUCGCCGCUGCUUCGACGGGAGCCUCUUCGAGUCCAUUGCCCAGCAGAGGAGGGAGGCACAUGAGAAGCAAAAGUAGCUAGCCUCCUUUGAUGAUCCUGGGAUGUGGCUGGUUGCUUCAGUGUCUUUAUGAUCCUGGGAUGUGAAGAACAGUGGAAAUAAGGUUUACCGGAUGGAGCAUGCUUGUACUAUUCGUGUGGUUGAAAUAUUUCUGUAACCUGGAAGUGUGAUUGACAAAUCAAUAAUCUGUGAUUGAAAUAAAGUUUAGCAUUACGUGUACUCUCUCCGUCAAUAAAUAUCUGA